AUGGCGUUGUUAAGAGCUUCGGAUUUAGAUGAGAAACACGCGGAGAAGUUCGGGACGUUCGAGCGCGCGCUCGGGGCGAAGACGGAGACGCUGAAGAAGUACGGGUUGGGAACAAAGGAGCGGAAGCGUUUACUCAGGGCGAGCGAGCGGUAUCGAACGGGUCUUUUAAAGCUCUGA